ACCCUCGAUUCUCAGAGACGCACCGAUUCUCCGAUCAUCGCCGCGCCAUCAUGUGCUACGGUUCCCAGCGAUUACCACCGUCCGGCGAAGAAAUAACUCCUUCGACUGUCAGGGCUCGGCCAACGACGGAUGUAAACACGGCGGUGGUGGAAAGUCUGAGAUUGCGAUUGGCGGAGACGGAGGCACAGCUGCAACGAGCUAGGGCACGAGAGGCGGAACUCAGCAAAAAGCUUUUUGAGAUGAAACGUUUCGUGUCUGUAAUGGAGAUUCUUCAAACCUAUCUCAAACAAAGAUUUCUCGAUCAACAACAUCAACUUUCCCUUCUUGUCUCUCAAUCUCCGGUACCCAAAUAAGUUUUCAGUUUUGAAUAAAAACUAGAAGUGUAUGGUUUCCAUGAUUUACUUUCAAUAUGCAAUUCAUGUAUGUCUAUUUGUGUAUAAUAAUAGGUGUAUUUGCACUCUUUUUGUCUCUUUAUCGAUCAAUCUGAUGUCAUAUCUGUCAUAUUUCUCUGGUUUACCAACUUGCAUUUCCCCCAAUUUCAC